UUCCACCAACAACACUGAUUGGUGGCUUGAAUAUUUCAACAUUUGGGUUUGAAGCGUUUGACUUUCGAAAAUCCAAAGGUACCAGCCUACAAGGGGAUGAGAGAAGAAGAAAACAAGGCCGAUUUAGUUGCUCCACUCGUAUCUUCCGAUCUCCAAUCUUUGGAAGAUGAUGGUAUCAAAGGCAGAUCAGCUUCGGUCCACAGCGCCGUGUUCAACAUAUCGACGACUAUGAUCGGAGCCGGAAUCAUGUCGAUUCCGGCGACUAUGAAGGUUCUAGGAGUCAUCCCAGGAUUUGCUCUGAUAGUCAUCGUCGCGUACUUCGUGGAGGCGACGGCGGAGUUCAUGUUGAAGUAUACAGAAAUCGGAAAGUGCACGACCUACGCAGGCCUAAUGGACGAGUCGUUUGGAAAAUUAGGAGCUGUUGCUGUGCAAGUUUGUGCCAUCGUCACCCAAUUCGGCUGCCUUAUCGUUUAUUUGAUUAUUAUUGGGGAUGUGCUGUGUGGAAAUCAAUCUGGAGAAACCUUACACUUGGGAGUACUCCAAGAAUGGUUUGGGAAUCAAUGGUGGACCUCACGGCCUUUUGCACUAAUCUUCAUAGUCUUGUUCAUCAUCCUCCCAUUGGUCUUGUUAAAGCAUGUAGAUUCACUUAGGUACUCCUCGGCAUUAUCAAUUCUACUAGCAGUGAUGUUUGUUUGCAUAAGCUUAGGUAUGGCGAUUUCUUCAAUGUUGCAAGGUAAAACUCACAAAAUCAGACUAUUUCCAGACUUUGGGAGCCAACAUUCCAUCCUUGCUUACUUCACAACCAUUCCAAUCUUUGUCACUGGUUUGGGAUUCCAUGUCAAUGUGCAUCUAAUUAGGGCAGGACUUGGUAAACCUACCCAUAUGAGCUCAGCCGUUCGAAUUGCUCUCCUAAUAUGUGUGUUGAUAUAUUUUGCAAUUGGGUUUUCUGGGUACCUUUUGUUCGGAGAUUCAAUCAUGGCUGACAUACUUGUCAACUUUGAUCAAAACAACGAUUCCAAGAUCGCUGGAAUCCUAAACGACGUCGUUCGAUUAAGCUAUGCAAUCCAUCUUGUGCUUGUGUUUCCUGUUAUCAACUUCACACUGAGAGCAAAUAUAGAUGAAUUGGUGUUCUCAAGAAGGACUGCUAGUCUGGGCGGAGAAAAUACCAGAUUUGUGUUCUUGACUUGUGUUCUGCUUGUUCUAAGUUACUUGAUGGCAGUAAUUAUACCAAAUAUUUGGUAUUUCUUUCAAUUUAUUGGAUCAACAACUAUUGUCUGCACCUCAUUCAUUUUUCCAGCAGCAAUUGUGCUCAGGGAUGUGCAUGGUAUUUCAUCAACUAAGGACAUGGUCAUGGGAAUAAUGGUUAUUGUGUUGGCGGUAGGGACUAGUUCGCUUGCCAUAUAUACCAAUUCGAACAGUUGAGGUGGUAUUAAAUGAUGGUUAUUUAUAUAUUUGCUUCUUCUUUAUGUGAAGUAAUUUAGUCAAAUUUGUAAGCAAUUAUUUAUUUUUUUCAUUGAAGCAAUUUUUUUCUUAAAUAUCUAACUUUUUAGUUUGGGCUC